AUGCAGCACGGCGACGUCGGACCAGAGGAGGAAGAAGCAGUCGAGGCAGGCGCUCCGGCGGCCCCCAGCACGGUCCAGUGGCACCAGACGAAGAGGACGAUGGCGCUGGAGCUGCAGGACAUGCCGGGGGGCGAGAAAGUCAACGCGUACAGAUCUGGAUCGGGCCGAAGUUUGGAGCUCGAGCUUGGCCUCGAUGGCGCUCGCCGGCGGGAGGCCGCGGUGAGGAGGAGGAGCGGCCGGAGAGGGGAAGGAGGAGGCGGCGAGGUGGGGCGCCGGGCGACGGCCGGAGGGGCGCGGUCGCCGGCGUCGGUGGUGGCACGCGGCGGCGGCGGGAGCCGCGGCGUCGGUGACGGGCGGCCGGCAGCGGCGUGGGGCAGCGCGCCGGCGGGCACGGCGGAGGGCUGCGGCAGGAGCCGGCGGGCGGCGGAGCUGCGGGCCGGGAGGGCCGGUGUUGGGCCCGCGGGCUCCGGCGGUGGCGGCGACGGGCUUGCCACGUGGCAGCUGCGGGUUGGCGGCGACUUGUCCGGCCGGAGCGGACGCGUCCGGCGCAGCGCGGAGGGAUUUUAG